AUGGCUACGCGCACGCUCGCAUCAUGGGCCAUUAACCUCCAACCAUCUUCAGUUCCUGACUCGGUGAAGCGUGCAGCGAUCCGCUCAUUGUACAAUUACCUUGGCUGCGCCAUUGGUGGCACAAAUCAUGUAACAGUCACCAAGACGAGACACGCCCUCGCAGAGUUCUUCGGUAAACCAACAAGCACAGUAUACGGCAACCAUGGCGCUCUUCGGAUCGACGCUCAACACGCUGCAUUGCUCAAUGGCAUCGCCUCUCACGUCCACGACUACGAUGACACGCACCUCUCGGCUAUCAUUCACCCCACGGGACCAGUUGCUUCCGCCGUUCUCGCAUACGCCGAAUCGUCUUCCAUUCCUGGGCCCGAUCUCAUCACUGCUCUGAUUACUGGUAUCGAAGCUUCAUGCAAAUUGGGCCUCUCGGUGUGGCCUUCUCACUACGACGUAGGAUGGCACAUCACAUCCACGACUGGCUCAAUCGGUGCAGCCGUAGCUGUUGCGAAGCUGAUGCACCUGGACGAGACACAAUUUACGCAUGCGAUCGGCAUUGCAGCAACGCAAGCGACAGGCCUCCGUGAGAUGUUUGGCUCGGACACGAAGAGCUUCCAUGUUGGACGUGCUGCGCAAAAUGGUCUGCUUGCUGCCCAGCUGGCGAAGAAAGGCUUCACAUCGAGCGAAGUUGCACUGGAAGCCAAACGGGGCUGGGCAAAUGUUGUGCUUGGCUCUUCGGAGCGCGAACCAGAGCUCAAUAAAUACUGUAGCACAAGCACACCACAAGGACUAGGACAGACGUGGGAGAUCAAGAGAAAUGCCUUCAAGCCGUUCCCGUGCGGAAUAGUGUGCCAUCCCGCGAUUGAUGGCGCUAUUCGUUUGCACCAAAGGCUUAAUGAUGGAGCUAUUCGGUUAGAAAAUGUUGCACGGAUCGAGCUCCUGGUUCAUCCUUUAGUCAUCGAACUUACAUCUAAACGUAAGCCGAAGGACGGUUUGGAGGGCAAAUUUUCUGUCUCCCACGGCGCAGCAGUCGGCUUCAUCUAUGGGAAAGCUGGCCCAGCACAAUAUGCGGACAAUGUGGUCACGGAUGCUACUGUAAUUGAUCUUCGAGACAGAAUCGAUGCCCACAUUGAUCAUGGCCUACGCGCUGAUGAAGCUGACAUCACUGUAACGAUGAAGGAUGGCGAUGUCCUGCAUGAACAUAUCGACUAUGCUGUGGGAUCUCUCGAGAAACCAAUGACGGAUCAACAGUUGACGGCAAAGUUCUUGGACCAGUGUUCUUUGGUGCUUGGGGAGCAAGAUGCAGAGAGGGUGAGCAGUUUGGCUUGGAGGAUCGAGAGAGCGGAUGAUGUAGCUGCAGUGCUCCGUGACCUGUAA